UUACCACCCGAUCCAACUGCUAGGGACAUGCUGACAAGAUGUUGUGUUUAGAUCUCCCGCUAAAUUAGCCACAUUCUGAAUUUAAUAAUGACGAACACACACAAGGCAAGAGUUAAUGCUCCGAUUAUUGAAGACAGGCAAUGGGAUGCGUCCCCGAAGUCUCAAAAUGCUGAGAAAACGAAGAAAAUACCGGCCCGCAAUGCUAUGGGCGAAUAUAUUGUACCGGCUGGAGGAAAAGCACUAACAUCGCUUGGUAAUCCUGCCCCUGGACCAGCCAACUACUGUCCCCAUAUCGGACUAACCCGAAGUUCGGCACCUCAGUAUUCCAUUGUAGGCAAGCACAGGUCCAAUAAUGAUGCCGGCAAAGGUAUACCAGGUCCCUCGGACUAUACAACUACUGGGGAUCUGAUCUGGAAGAAGAAAAACUCCACAUUGAAAAGUCGUGGCAAGAGCUUCUUUGAUGAGGAAGCUGCAAGGAGUUGUACAGUGAUUGGACCUGCUAAGUAUAAUGUAGAGCACAAGCUUGGGAAAGAUGGACCAAAAUACAGCAUCGCCCACAAACAAUCUCCGGUGAUUUAUACAGGGCCCCCAAACAGCAAAGUGCAACCUGCCGACACACACGGGUUCCAGACUCCUGGUCCAAACUAUCGACCAAAUUCAAGCUACUGGAAACGAGGUCACGAAAAGUCCUUUGGUUCUGCCAGAAAUAUCAGCUACACAGAAAACCCAGGCCCGGGGGACUAUUGCAUCAAGGAUCCUCCUGCUGGUGUGUCAUACUCCUUCGGAUCAAAACUCCCGCCAACUCCAAGUGUCAAGAGAGCAACAUAUACUGAGAGUCCAGGCCCUGGGACGUACAAUCUAGGAACAACUAUAGGAAAAGCCACAUCAGUUUCUAUAUCUGGAAAGGCAAAAGAAACUGACCUUGGAGUAUUCCAGGGCCCGUCUCCUGCGACAUAUUACCUGCGCAACUCUAUGAACUUUAAUAGGAAGCCCAUUACUCUGGCCUAUCGCUGGUUUGGGCGUGAUGAACCAAAAACUCCUGGACCAGCAGACUACUCGGUGUCAAAGAAAAAUUUGAAAACUAAUCCAAUUUAUUCUAAUAGACAGCACACAAAGCCAUCCUUCCCUGACUCCCUCAACUACACAUCGAAAGGAGAAGGAGAUCUCCCAGGGCCAGGAAGUUACAACCUGUCGAAAAAUUUCGUGAAAAAUGACUCUCCGGCAUAUUCCAUGAGACAAAAGAUUAGAGCCCAUGAAACUGAAAACCCUGCCCCCAACUCCUACAAGGCAGAGCAGAAUGACACUGUUCCUGGUGGUCGCAAGGCACCCUCCUUCUCCAUGGGGAGGCAGUUUGAAGUCCCAGACAGCAAGGUAAGCCCAGGACCUGCUGCUUAUACUCCGAGUCUAGCAGAAUCUACACCUAAAUAUACCAUGACAAGUCGCCCUAAGAGCAACAGACGGGGAGGUAACCCAGCUGCAAACGCUUACAAAGUGCCGUCAGCCUUUGGUCAGGCCAGUGCAGCCACGUUGAAGAGUCGAGCAAGUCCCUAUGUGUACUCAGGAUUUCGCACCACCAAAAUCACAGAGGAAGUACCCUCCAUUUAGGGCAGGGCAGAGGUGCAAACUUUUUUCCAUGAGACAUAAAUUACAUAUAACUGAAGGUCUUCAUAGUCUGGUCUACCUAAGGACACCCGACAGAGAAAAAAAAAUCAAAUCUUAUGGAGGAACAAAAAUUACUCAUUGAGGGAAAAAGUUAAUUUCCAUGCAUUAAAAAAAUGUUUAUAUUCA